CCCAGCUGGUGCAACGGGGCGGGAGGGCGUCCCCUGCUGCGCACCCCUCAACCAGGUCCCGCCAAACCCAGUCCUGCCAGCGUCCAGUGCUCGCCCUGCAGAGGCCCUUUCACCCCGGCUGGGUUCUCCGCGACAUUCUGGCCAGACCUCCAGCGACACACACACACACACACGCGAUGGAGGUUGCUCGGCGCUUUCGGCCUCUGGGGGGCCCUCGCUGGGCCACGCGGCCGUCAACCAGAACGGCUCGGGAUGAAGACCAGAUCUCCGGUACCGCUGCGGAGGCCGCCGUCGAGGAGCUCCGGUCGGACCUGGGUGCGGCGGCGGCCCGGCUGCAGGGGCAGAUCGACGCCGCGCGCGCGGAGCCGAAGGCCGACCAGCUGCUCGAGGCCCUCGACGUGAAGGUGUCCGACCGGCAGCUGCAGGCCGCGCUGGCGGAGGUCCGCCAGGAGGUGCUUGGGGUCGAGCGCGGCGUGGGAGGGCGCCUGUGCGAGGUGGGCGCCGCGGUCUGUGCCCUGAACGAGGAGGCCCUCGCCUCCCGCGGCUUCCGGGAGGGCCUGGAGGCCGCGGGCGGCAUCGGCGGCCUGGCGCGCCGCCUCGGGGACGUGGAGGCGGCGCUGGCGGACCUGCGCCCCCGGCCCCUGGGCAGGCCGUGCGCGGCGCGGGCGCCGCCCGCCUCGCCCGCGCCGGCGCCCGCCUGGCCGGCGCGCCAGCAGCCCUGCCACGGCGGGGGCUCGUCGGACCUGGAGGCGGCGUUUGGAAGCCUGCGCGAGCGCCUCACGAGGACAUGCAGGAUGCCGCCCAAGGGGAGGGCGGCGCGCCCGCCCCGCCCUCGGGCAAGCGGGCGCGGCGCCCUGGAGGCUGCUUCCUGUGAGGCGGCGAGGGGGAGGCGCUCUGGGGGGGUCCGCUGCGGGCCCGCCGUCGGCACGCCCGAGGUGGGCCGGGGGCGGCCACAGCCGCACUAGGGGCACGAACCAUGACAUAAACUCCUCCUCCUCCUCCUCCUCCUCCUCCUCCUCCUCCUCCUCCUCCUCCUGCUCCUCCUCCUCCUCGGAGGUCCGCACGGAUUUCUCGGAUGGGCGCUGGGGCCCUUUGGCGGCGCCUCCGGCGCCGCCCCUGGCGCGCUCCGCGCGCCAGGGGGGCUCCGCGCGCCAGGGAGGGGGGACCGGCGCAGAUCCAAGAAAUCUGCGUGGAGCGCCAAGAGUUUUUUAUGUAUGUGGUGGUGCCUCUUUUCCUAACAUGUGAGCCGUGCCCCCGCCCACCACGAUGUCCAGAAGGGGGGUGGGGGCUCUCUUCGUUCGGGGGUCCCUGAGCGGAGUGAGCCCCCCCCCCCCCCACCUCCCUUGGAAAUCGUGGGGGGCGGGGGAAGGGUUCGCAUGUGGCCAUCUAGGGUCGGGGGGUGCCACAGGUGCCCCUGGCCCGAGAUGCCCCAAGCCUAUCGCUCAGCCACCCCUGCCUGGGGCCACUGCAGCGCGUCGUCGACAGGGAGGCAGCCGCCUCCGUGCAGCGAGUGGGGUGGCUCCUGCAGCGCCCGCGCGGGCGCGGCGGCGCGCCGUCGGCGGCCGCCGGGAAUUCGGUGCGGAGCGUGCGGUGGGCCGCCGGCGAGGAAA